CGACGCGUCAAGCUCAUCCUGGGACACAUUGAGACGCCAGCCACUUCGGUCUCAAUAUCUUAGGUGGCAAGGAAGGCUCUCCUUACUGUUUUGAGUUACGCUAGGGUCUCGCUGCCCGUCCGCAUAGGAGACGCGGCAUGAAGCACCUCCUCAACUCAAUCGAGAGUGGUGGAAUUGAUGUAUCGAAUGUGAAUGUUGAUAUCAGGCAACUGCUGACGGAAGCUCGUGACUUGAAGCAUGCGAGAUCUACCGAAGGGUUUUACGAGGCCUUGGAGAAGAUUCUGUCGGAACUGCGAAAUAGCGAACAUGCUUACCCUUUCCUGAAACCGGUGCGGCGUAGCGAGGCACCAAAUUAUGAUCUAGUCAUCAAGCAUCCCAUGGAUCUUGGAACAAUGACGAAGAAAGUGAAGACGCACGUGUACAAGACUCAACGGGAAUUUGUCGACGAUCUCAACCUAAUAUGGGACAACUGUCUAAAGUACAACACCGAUCCGGCUCACCCUCUGCGAAGGUCAACUGUCUUCAUGCGCAAGAAGGCGGAUCAGGCGGUGGAGAGGAUUCUGGGUAAUGCAGAUCGAAUUCCGAACCUGAUCUUGCCAACCAGCAAUGGUAUAUCAUCCCAACAACCUACUGGCCGAGUUGGUGGAGUCACUGGGAAAGACCGUCGCCUGAGCCAUGACCAUUCACUGAAAAGCAAAUUCAAGACUGCUAACGGGAGGGCUCCUAAACUCCCUAACGGUAUGAUCUACCCCAGAUCUGCUGGCCACACACCAACUCUCAAUGGCGCGCAGCGAGGAGAUGGCCGUUUGUCCGCAUCGCUCGCUAAGUCGAAGCAGAACAGAGCUGCGCGGUCCCCUGAAUCGUUCCCUGAUACUCCCGCUAUCAUCCGUACCCCCCAAAACAUGCAGCAGUGUUGGGAUCUCGAUCAUGACAUGCAGAAGUACUUAGACUCUGCAGGAGCUGGCCCCUCUAAGCCAUCCCCUUUUUCAAAUACUCGUGUUGGAUUUCUGCCGGAUGAUGGUUCGAAUAACCUACGUAGAAAGUUCCACACCAUCCUGCAUGAUGAAGAGUCUCCACAGAGUUUUCUGGCACGGGAGUACCAGAGCAACCUCACUUUUGAUAAGGGAUUAGACCCAGACAGUAGUAGCUCCAACCGACCACUCAAACGACUGAAAACAAGUUUCGACAGCCCCGCUUCACGGGCAGCCAUUGCAAGAGACAGUCAAUAUGUUGGGAUGUGGUGGGGAUCUGUGUGGUCAGAUGCCCUUGCACCUGGCGGUAUUCCGAGAUUGAUUCUGCCAGAAGAUGAUUCUGGGUCCGCUGUGUUUGGCAGAAAAACGCUCAAACGGAAGAGAUCUGACAAGAUUAGUAUUCGUCCGAGCACUUCUACGGGAAUGAAGGGAAUUAUGUAUAAAAAUAUUGAUACCCUACGUCAUAUUCGUCGGACACAUUCAGCCCUUUUAGCAAGCAUACCUUCGUCAUCUGCGGGUUCAGAUCCACCCGAACGUUUCCCCCCCGCUCCUAGAAUGCCCGAGGCCCCGCCUGCUGCCCCUCCAGACGUUCCCGGACCUAUCCCUCUCGAGGACGGAGCACAAUUGGCUGGGCAUAUGUUGAAGCGUAAUUGUGCUCAGCUCCUGGAGCACUCCGGUUUUGAAGGAAGCGGAAAAGUACCACUGGGUGUACUCACUGAUAUAGGGGCAGAAUUCAUGAUGAACAUGGGCAGGACUCUGAAAUUUCUUUCCGAGCAGCAUUCGGAUACAAUGUCAUCUGAGGAAAUAAUACUCCACACACUAUUUGAGUCCGGUAUUGCCCGUGUCCAAGAUCUUGAAAGUUACAUUCGGGACGACGUUGAGCGAUACGGGGGUCGACUUGCCGAGCUUGAUCGCAAAUUGGAUGUUGCAUAUAACGAAUUGCUUGAGUCUGAACCUAUCCUCGAGGACGAUGACGGUUUGUUCGCUGAGGAUGGGGAUGCCCUCAUGACCGGUGAUUUCUCUGCUGCGCUGGGAGAAGACUUCUUCGGUUUUAGAGAAUUGGGCCUCGACAAAGAAUUCGGUCUUUCAUCAAUGUCUAUUCCCCCACGUUUGUUUCAUGGUCAUGGGAAAAGGAAAGAUCCUCGUGCCCAGGAAGGCGCAAACAAAGAGCCCCCCUUACGAUUCCCUCCUCCUCAGCCUUUCGUACCUCUCACCUCAAACAAACUUGGGAAACAGAUCGGCCUUCUGCGGCCGUUUUAUCAAACCAAGUUCGAGAAAGUCCGAGAUUCUGUUCCAUCACAUAAAUCAACCCAACCUGCACCGCCCCUGCCUCCUUCUACUGGACAGCUACUGUUGGGUCCCGAACCUCACUCUUCUAUGUUAUCGAUAGACGACCCAUCUGCGCCUGUGCUCGAGCUACCAGAUGAGGCGCCCAACCAGCUCAAGUCUAAGAUGGGUCCACUUGGGCAGAUUUCCUUAUCCUCAAGUCCGACAUCAAAGAAGAAACCCAAAGCUUCCUCGUCCAACGCCCCUCCACCAUCGAAUACCAUAACGAAUGUCAUACCAGUCCAUUCUCCCGUCAAGAACGAACCACCCCCAUCUACCCCAGCUUUCACUACGUUCCAACUCGAAAACCGCCCUGUUCCCGCGUCAUCAGGCCUUUUACCAAAUGGAAAUCUCCCUGCGUCCAUAGAUGUUAAUGGAAUUGCGAAAGCAAACACUUCCACAGUUCCACACCCACCACACCCUCCUUCAACUUCAAAGAAGAAGAAGACAAAGAAGGAUUCAAACCUACCACCUCCGCCUCCCCAACCCCCCAAUCCUAAUCCACCCGCUCCGUUUCCCCCACAACCAUCGUUAAUGGUCUCAUGAUCUUCAAGCAAGUGUAUACUAAUAUUCAGGCACACAUCAUUCCCCUUUCGUAGUUUUUUACCAUCUGUCCUUUUUCCCUGUUUCUAGGUUUGGUAUUUUUCUGUGGCAUAUAUCCUUGCAUUACUUACACUUUAUAUUAUUGGUCUGUCUGUUCUGGUGUCGUA